GAAAGAGCAGUGUGUUCAGUGUGUGUUCAGCGGGCCACUCCCUUUUUCCCUCCUUCUUUUUCGUCUCCUCUCUUUCACCAUCAUGGCUUUUGCGGGGAAAUACGAGCUGGAGAGCCAAGAAAACUACGAAGAGUUUCUGGCAGCAAUUGGGCUCCUCAACGCCAAGACGGACCACAAAGUGAUAACGGAGGUGCUCCAGGACGGGAGCGGCUUCACGUGGACACAGAGCAUUCCCAACUGGACCUGGUCCAACAAGUUCACCGUCGGCCAGGACUGUGAGCUGACAACGAUGAAGGGCGUCAAGUUCACGGCUGCGGUCACCAUGGAAGGAGGCAAGAUUUCAAUCCCGUUUCCUCAGUACCAUUUCACAGCAGAGCUCAUUGAGGAUAAGCUAGUGAUGAUUUGCUUAACUCCAGGAGAGAAGAGUGUGACUUUCAGAAGAACUAGCAGAAGGAUCUAAUGCUGCCGGACUCAACGUGCUUUAUUGGAAAAAAGUGCUCCCAACAAAGCCUAAAGCAAGAAGAAUAAAGUAGGCGCAGCUUAUUUAAGUGGAAGCUGAUGUUGAAUGAAUCAUCUACAAGGCAUUUUCUCAAUGUCGAAAGACCACUGAGAGGUUCCUUCUUAUAUCAAAGCAUUUUUCUUUUACAUUCACUCUUUUGGUUCCACUACAUUGAAUAAAAAACAGAGGUAUGAAUGAG